UGCAAGCGCAAGUUUCCUCUUUUCUCGUAUGUUACAUAUUUUUGCGAUGUACUCCGUAACAAAAAAAUCAGCGUUUUCAUCACUGGUGCAUCAGAUAAUGGCACAGGCCGAGGAGAGAAGAGGAGACACAUCAACGUUGACGAAGAAACUUCGCGACUUCUCCGUAAAGUACGUUAAGAUUUCUGAAGAAGACAUGACUCGUGCCAGAAAGUUGGUCAAGAAAUACAUUGAGGACAGGAUCAUAAUGUACUGUCGGGAGAACUCUAAGAUACAGAUACUAAAACUGGAGUAUACUGGCAGUUUUUACGAGAGGCUGAAGACUGAAGCCGCUGAUGAAGUGGAUAUCAUGGUGGUAAUGAAAACGCAAAAGGAAGAAAUUGAGGUUAUAGAAACCGAAGUGCCCGGGUUUGUCCUUCUCAUGGCAAGAGAAAGCUCGGUGCUACGUAAGUAUGCGUGGGAUAAUGGAUGUAUUAGCCCCAAACGCAUCCGAGAUCUUUGGUUUAGUCAUUUUCAGCAAGCAGUGAACUACAUUCACGCUAAACCACCAUUAUCUGAAGUAAGUGUAGUUCUGCGCAACCACGGACCAGCUAUCAAGUUAGACAUUGAGAAAGACUUUUCAGCUGAUCUCGUCCCUUGCUUCCAAGUCGAGGGUAAUUGUUAUGUACCCAAGCCUCUGAAAGGGAAAAGAUUUGUGUCUUACCCAGAGCUUUUUUGGAGGCAGUCGUUUUCGGUGAAGGAGAAGCAAGUUCUGCAGUCGAUGGACAGGAAAGACAAUGGCUGCAGACACGAGCUUCUCCGAAUCGUGAAGACCGUGGUGAAAAGACCGCAGACAUCUUUACCACUGGAUUCCUACUACUUGAAAACAGCCUUUCUGCACUACAUUAAGAAACGUAAACGAGGCCUAGAUUGGGUCAGCAGAGACGCUUUAGGGAAGCAUUUCAUCAACUUUCUAAAGACAUUACAGAUUCAAAUGGAGAGAGGUAGUCUCCCCCACUAUUGGGUAUCUGGUUCAAAUCUUCUAGAGGAUUUUAAGGGAGAGGUGAUCAAGCAGAUGGCAAAUCGUUUAAGAAAGAUUCUGGAAAGCGAACAAAGGCUAAACCAAAUUCUUGAAUAGUUGGAAAACUUCGGCUGUCUUUUUCGCGCCAUCAACGAUGCCUACCAUUCUAAUAAACUCAAGCUUAAUGUUUUUUGGUAACGGGCUAGUUGUAAACCAAACAAAAGAUUUUUGGUAGAGAUUUGACUCGCUGCUGACUCGCGUGCCACAUUGCUUUUAUAUGUAAAUAGAGUUAUUUUCGCUUUUGUGAAACUCAGCCGAAAAGUGUUUAUUUCCAACGUAUGCAACUUUCGUUGCGUAGAGCGACAGACUGUUUAAACGGGACCGAAAAGUUCUGAAAUUCAGCGCUCAGCGUGUAAUUAACAAUUA